AAUCCGGGCACCCCGGUAAUCCCGGCGGUAAUCCCGCAGCCCCCACGGAGCGGGCCCGUCAGGCGGGUCCCCGCCGAGCAGCGCUGCGGUGGAGGGGCGCUGAGGGGGGCAGGAGGGUUCCGAGGUAGCGGCCGUUGCCUCACCGGCCCUGACCCUGCCAACAGGAGCCGGCACCGGCGGGACCAUGGCAGCCGCGGAGACCUCGCCGUUGGUGCCGUGAUCCGCAGCCUGCAGCUCAAAUCCGAGGUCGGAGCCGUCAGCACCGAGCGUUUGCGUGGUUUUGUUAGAAGUUUGUUCCUGAAAGACUGGAAAGGAAUAAAGAACAAAAUGACUACUUUGGAUGAUAAGCUACUUGGAGAGAAGCUCCAGUAUUAUUACAGCAGUAGCGAGGGUGAGGAUGAAGACAGUGAGAAAGAAGAUAAAGAAGGGGAGAGCUCCAUUCCUGAAAGUGUUGGGGAAAUAGAGCUUAGCAGCGAUGGAAGCGCAGUCAACACAGGUCCGAAAGGAGUCAUUAAUGACUGGCGAAGAUUUAAACAACUGGAGACAGAACAGAGACAGGAGCAGCGCAGAGAAAUGGAACGACUCAUAAAGAAGUUAUCUAUGACUUGUAGAUCUCACUUAGACGAAGAGGCUGAUAAGCAGAAGCAGAAAGAGCUCCAGGAAAAAAUCAAUGGAAAGAUGACAUUACAAGAAUAUAACAUGAUUCACAACGAUGAAGAUGAUGAGGAAUUCUUACAGCGAUACAGGAAGCAGCGGAUGGAGGAGAUGAGACAGCAGUUGUACAGUGGGCAGCAAUUUAAAAAGGUUUUUGAGAUUACCAGUGGAGAGGCAUUUUUGGACACAGUUGAUAAAGAGCAUAAAAGCACACUGAUCAUGAUCCAUAUUUACGAAGAUGAUAUCCCUGGCAGUGAAUCCCUGAAUGGCUGUAUGAUCUGCCUGGCUGCUGAGUAUCCAACAGUUAAAUUUUGCAGAGUAAAGAGUUCGCUCAUUGGUGCCAGCACCCGCUUUACUAAUAAUGCUCUGCCGGCUUUGCUGAUCUAUAAGGCGGGUGAGCUCAUUGGCAAUUUUGUGCGAAUCACUGACCAGCUUGGAGAAGAUUUUUUUGCUGUAGACCUGGAGGCUUUUUUGCAGGAAUGUGGUCUGCUUCCAGAAAAAGACCUAGUGCUCCUGACUUCUAUACAUAAUCCAUCUGCAUGUUACAGUGAAGACAGUGAUCUGGAAAUAGACUGAACCACACACGCCGACGGGCCAGUAGGUGUAGUUGUACAGUGGGAUGUUGUUGUGCUAGGGGCUGGUUUCUUCCUUUCUUAGCGUGGGUAUAUUAUUCUUCCCCUCCAUGCACUUUGACUUUUGCUUGUUAAAAUUUUGUUUAAAAUAAUACGAGGAAUUCCUAACAUUUUCUUAAAUUAAUUCAGUAAAGUACACACUAAAACAGUCUUGCUUUUAUGCAGUUCAAAUGUAUUUUACUAAACCUGAAUUUCUAACACAAUUCAGUAAAUUUAGGAAAUUAUGUAUUCUAUUGUCAUCUCUGUUUUCCAAAUCACUUAGAUUUUGUGAACAUUUUGUUCUUGGAUCAGUUGUUUAUAAUCAGUCUCCUUACAGAGAGACAUACAGCAUAUGUGAAUACCAAUUCGAUCAGAAAGUGGGCACCUAGUCACUAAGACAAACGUGUUUUUAAGUGCUCAAAUCUUUUAUUAGCCUGGAGUUGAACUGCUGCCAGCAAAUUAACAGUGCAAGGUCCCAUCUUCCAUUUGUAGUCCCCUUCUUGGAAGUACCAUUGUUCUAACAAUUGGCAUCAAAUUUUUGUUCUUUUCUCAAUUGCAAAUAACAACAGCUCCUGACUUGAUCCUGAAAAUUACUUUUCAGAUGGAGAGGGUUCUUCUUUCUUUGACCUUACCCAAGACUUAAAUGAGAAAAUCUUCCUUCUGUUACAGCUCUUAAUGUAUUCUUGGGUUUUAAAAUACCUACCAUUAGUUCAUAGUAGUUACUUCUGCAGAAAAUAAGCUCUGCCUCUUAAGAGAAAGAGACCUUUUAUAAAGAGCUCCAAAGUAUGUGCUGAAUAGCAUCAAGGAGAAUUUUGUUGGGAAAAUGCAGAAUUAGGACUUGAAUAGCCUCAGAAUUUCGAACAUCUCUAAAAUUGUUAAAUCACUGCCGAUGUUCAUUUCUGUCUGUCUUCAUAUUAUCUGCUUAAGCUGGGUCUUCAGCUGCAUUUUGAAUAUUAAUAACCCCUGGACCUGACAGAUGACUGGAAGGCUAUGUGGGAAAUCACCCUUGAGCCGAUAGACCAGGUCCCUAAAUAGGCGUUCAGUAGCACAGCUGAUUCCCUUGUCUGAAGCUCAGGGACUCAUUCCUGCACAGAGGGUUUGGCUGGAUCAAAACCAUGGCCACUGUCCUGUUCUUCCUCUGACGGCAGCUCUUCAGGAGCAUGGCUUUCUGUACAGCGCGUCAGUGGAGUUCACUAACAGACAAAAUCUUUUGGGGUGGGGUUGAAACCUUUGUGGAGACUGUAAUUUCUUCACAUGUCUUUUGUUACAAACAAGAAAGGUCUCUCUGAAAACAUCACAGCUCUUUCAGCUGCCCAGUGAUGUUGAUCUCAAAGUUCUCCUCUCCCCCAGAACACAGGGUGGCUCCUACUUCUGGACACAGGGUGAAAGCCGUGCAGCACUGGCUGAGCCCGUUUGUCUUUUCAUGAGCAUUAUUGCUCCUGAAUGCAAGAGCUGUAUAUUGCGCUUUGUCAUUACCAUUUGUUAGUGGUUACGUUUUUAUUAAAGUGUUUGUUUUGUUUGUGCUCUACUUCAUAUAUAGAGGUAAUAUGGGGAAGUAAUUUUCAGGGUUUCUAGUACGUUACGGUUCACCCUGACUCCAGCAAGUCUAGCGCUACGUAGCUGUGAGAUAACCUGAGUAGCAUUAGAAGCCAUUAGCAAUUUAGAGUGAGUGCAAGCAUGAAAACCUCCAGAGCAACGCAAAGGCUUUCCUGGCCAGGUUAUGGCUGAGUUACUCAAACAAUGUACUUAGUACAAAUGAGCAUGUUGAAUGUGUGCACUCUGUACUUAGUUGUUACUGAAUUACGUGUCUUCUGCAUACUUAAUUGGAUGUUACAACACUUCUGCUUUCUCAUGCGUUCCUUAUUUUGCUUGUUAUUUUUAAUUGUGAGGAAAGUAGACUAUCGUUACCUGAAUAUAUGACCCAAUGUAAUGCCAUGUUUAAUGAUUAAAUUUGUUUUGUGUUUUUUUUUUUUUAAUUUUUGUUGUUGUUUAGUUUAAUUUGCAAGUAAGGCACUUCGGAAAAGCAGGAAGAAAUGCAUAUGUCUGUGUAAGCUCUUGGUUCAUAGUAAGACUAGAUCUUAGUACAGAAAAAUAAGUGUUGGCAAUUCUGUCUAUUUGAACUAUAUUUUUAAAAGUACUAUGAGCAGGAAGAUAAGUAAUUUGUAAUUAAAAUUACUGAAUUGGCACAAAUUGUAGCUGUUUUAAGGAAACUGGCAGAAACCCAAAUUUUAAAAUGUGGUAAGGGAGUCUUCUUUUUAGAAUUGCGGAAAAAAAAAAAACAUGAAAGUUACAUGAAAUUAAAUCAUUGAGUGUGGCUAUCAGCACAUGUAAGAAAAAAGUCGAAGUAGCUGUAAUUUAUAUUUAGGAGGAGGUUCAGUGAAGUCUGUAGCACAGACAGGGUGCAUAUUAGCAUCAUAAUAAAAUGAUUUGGAGGGGGCAGAGCUGACUGCUUGAGGUGCGUUGAAGUUUUAUUUGUACAAAGUGUUUUUUGUUUGUUUUUGUUUUUUAAUCCCUAUGUCAGUAAAGCUGUAAUAGGAUCAAAACCUCUCCUGCUGCUCUGUGUCAGAUGGCCUGCAGCAAGGGGACUCGGUUAUUAAUCUGCAGUGCUCAGCUAUUUGACAGAUGCUUUAUGGUGCCAAUAACAAAAGGGAAAAAAAAAAAGGUGUGUGGGAAAGAAGUCUGAAUUCAAUUAAUCACUAAUCUUGGAGAAUACAAUAAGCAUAAGGGAGAGAGGGAUAGAGAGAAGAUGUGUUACGAUGCUGCUUCUCAGCAGCAGCACAGACAACACAAACCUGAGGAGGAGUCAGAGGUUGGCUGCUGGAGCUGCUGAGAAGCGUUGCCGGCAGGGCUGGGUGCUGCUGCUGGUGCUUUUGCCCGUUCUUGAAGCGAAGUCCUCCCAAAUCUACCAAGCAGUAAUAGUGUGCCCAAAACCCAGCAUCCUUCAUGCACACUAAGCAACGUGGCAAAGUGAAAUGAAUUUUAGGAUAGGUUAGCUAUUGGUUUGUUAGUGUCUGUCCUGUCCAUUCAGUAGAACCCAAAACUACAACUCCUGUCUGUAAAUGUUAUAGUUGAAACGCUGAAGUCUUCUUUAUUUAUCUAAUUUUUUAGAUAAGGCCCUGACCAGAUUAAAAACCAGAAUGUGUUUAUGUAUAUAUAUGCUUUAGAGGACUGAAAUUAAAAUGAAAUUGUACCAACACCUACAUACAAUAAAACAGUUCUGAAACAUCCA